AGUGCGUCGAUAUGCCAUUUUAUUUUUUGUGAAUUAAUUUGAAAUAGAAAUAACAUGUAAGGCUGUAUCGGUUUGUUUUAUUGCGUGUGUACAUAACGUUUUUUUUUAUUUCUAUAGUUGCGCCACAUGAUUCCAGCGGCGAUUGGUGUCGGUGGUAUUUCUUUCGUAUCCUAUGUUGUGCGAUGUGACUUUUACAAUAUGAUACACUGAAAACUGUUCGAGUUUAAUAUUAUAUGAUGGAUACUAACGUCAGGACAAGUUUAAGCAGUGUUUAUCGUUUUAAAAUAUCGACUUUAAUUUAAUGAAGUAAUAUGUGGUUGUUUUGUUAACUUAUUGGUAAGCUUAGGAUAGGCGAGAAACUAAACUUAAUUGAGAAGGACGUGUACAGAAGAAAUACCACAAAAGUAAAAUACUGUCUUGUACACAUAACUGGGACAAUAUAAGAGGACAAUAAAGUAGUUUGGGCUAUUCCCAUCGCCCAAAAUUCGUCUCCAUCAGAGAUUACACAUUACUUGCGCGACGAACGUGAUUGCUUUACAACGUUCAAGCACAUUGAAGCAAGCCUAAAUCUGAGCUGUAUUCGUUUAGCCGCUUCAGGAAUGUAUUACACCGGUUUAGAUACGAUUGUAGGAUGCAUUUUAUGUGGUUCCGUCCAACACAAUUUGGAAAUAUGCGACUUAUAUUUUGACGUAUCGCCCCAACAUGCCAACAGCUGUACUCCGGAAUCUAGGGCUGUCAUCGGAUACCAAUGGAUUCCUACACGGUUACAGGACCAACCAGUAGUUCUACUGAUCAAAGGGGUUUCACACCAAACCUUCCAAACUACUCUCACACAGAUGCCUAUGUUCUGCAGCACGAGUCAGAAUUGAGGAGAUUAGGUAUUUACACUACCAAACCAAAACAUGAGGACUUCUCUACACUGGAAAUUCGUCGCCGCUCCUUUAGAAACGCUCCUGAGCACCUUAAAGCAUGUGCAGAUGUCUUAGCAGAAGCCGGCUUCUUCUUUUCAGGUUGUGGGGAUGGCAUUCAUUGUUUCCACUGCGGUCGAACACUAGGAAACUGGAGUGCCGAGGAUAAUCCUUGGCAAGAGCAUGAAAGAUUCUCCCCAGAAUGCGUGUUUAUCAAAAUAAAUCCGGAGAGAACCAGACGCUGUCAUCGCCAGCCUCCUGAUCAAUCGAACGAUCGUUUUCAUCAGGUCCAACAACGACGACAAGUUUUCAACCACAACAUCCAGCGAAAUAGAACUGACGAAGUUACAUGUCCUCCACAAAACCACGCGCACAGAUACCUAUGUAGGACUUGCCAAGUGCGAUCUUCAACUGUGCUGUUUGAAGACUGUAGACACUUGGUGUCGUGUCAGGAAUGUGCCAUGUUCUUAUGGUAUUGUCCCGUUUGCAAACAAUAUAUCAAUAAAAAGACGGUUGUUCUCUUCAGUUAAUAUGUAUUUAUGCAUUGACAACAUGUUCUCUAGACAUAAAAGAAAAUUAUCGAAGCCCCUUUGACGGCAAUGAUAAUUGAUUUAACUUUGUAAGAGUUAUGGCUUAAUAUCUAUUCCUGUGAAGUUGUAACAACCUCUGACAUAGAAAUGAUUUUUUUAAAGAUUUUUCAAAUCGUUUUUAUCAGUUCACAUGUCAAGCCGAGUGAAUCUUACGCCAGAAUGUUUUAUAUCAUCUUUGUAGAGGACCGUGAUCAUAUCAAAUUUGGUUUAUUAAGCAAAAAUGCAUGUGUUUUCCAUUACUAAAAAGUUUUUCAAGAAAGUGCCCAUUAACUACCUAACCCUAUGGCGAGGCCAGUUUUGACCCAAGUGUAUACUAUUACUACUACUACUUCUUCGUAUUGUUAUUAUCACCAUCAUCAGCAGCAAUAGCAGCAUACGUAUGAUAUGUUGAAUGGUAAACCGCGAAUUAGCAAAAUUAUUUUACUUAACGGCUAUGCAGAAGGAGGUUUAAAGAUGAUUGAUGUUUUCUUUAAUAAGUGCUCUUAAUAAAUCAUGGUUCCGUAGAAAUGCAACUGGGAAUGGAAAAUGAUUCAAUAUGUUCAUUUAAUGAUUGAUGUUCAAAAAUAAUGCAACUGUGGAAGUAUUAACUAUCCUGAAAACUUAAUUACAAUGAAUUUCUCAAAGAAAAAAUUAAUGAACUCUGUUGGAAUUUUUUCAGUUUUGCUUAAAAAUCCUUUUUCUAUAACCCAGACAUAAUACUUGGUACCAGAAGUGUAUUUUUAAAAUCAUGUUUUCAAAAAGGAGGUCAUUUUGUCGGUGUACAGUGAUGAAGAUUUUAGAGGAGUAUGUAACUUUAAUCCAAACUAUUUACUUUUCUUGUGAAUUAGUAAUACAGCCACUUUAUUUCGAAGCCUUUUAUUCCACAAUUCGACGGUCCAUUUAAGUAAACACAAAGAGUACAAAACAUAUGUAUGAAAUUAUAACAAAAGAUGAGUCUUCGCCAGUGUGCAUAAAUAAAUGAUCGAAUAAUUUCAAUUUUAUUUAUAUUAUCAUUUGUCGAACUGUUUGGAUAUUCCUUCCUUUUUUCUAGGACAAGCACAUAUAAAUGAAACAUUAAACGGAUUAUGUAUUUUGAUCAAAAUGUAUAUUUAUUAUUGUAAAAUGAACCAACCUAGGCAACUCUAAAAGCCGCAAAAUUAUACAUUUUCUUACAUUACAAUGUACUUAACGAAAUUAACUAUGUUUAUUAUUUGCGUCAAAGUAAUGAAUGGGAAUUAUUGUUACCUCUUUUUCUGUUGUGGUGAUAAAAGGCUUAAGAAGUCAUGUUAUUGUCAAAUAUUUCUUUGACAAAUAUUGUUUGUAUUGUUAUGUAAUAGCAAAUAUUGAUAAAAUUUGCGUUUUAUAUAUGCAUAUACUAUUUUUAAACUCUGUGCGGUUUUGAAUUUGAUGUCCUCGACUCACACAUAUUUACGAGGAAAAUUAAAUUUAUUCAAGGA